AUGUCGAGUGGUGGGACCGCUACGACGCCUUCUGCCCAAUUCAAUGCCGCCGCUGCCUAUUUAUCGCUGUCGUCGUCGCUGUCGUCCGUCUCGAACACGGUCAAGCUAGAGUUAUAUGGCCUCUUCAAGUUCGUGACCGUCGCUGCGAAGCCUACUUCCUCGAAACCGUCGAUAUUUGAUAUGACGGGGCGGGCGAAGUGGGAUGCGUGGAACGAUGCUGGGAAGAAGUAUACGAGUGCUGUGGAUGCUGAGGCACGGUAUCUGCAGAUUGCGCGCGACCUUGGCUGGUCAGAAGAGGCCAAGCUCGAGCCGCCCGCGUCGACAGAGCCUACAUCUGCUGAUAGUAUAUGGGACGACGAUAACAGACCCUCGGAUGGUAAAGGGUCAAGUGGGAUGGGUCCCAGUGUUAGUUCAAUGAAGCCUCCGGAUACAACAGAGGACAACACUAUUCACGGGUUCGCAGUCUCCAACGACGUGGAGGCUUUAAAAAGCCUCUUGAAGAUGCAACCCGACAUCGAUGUGAACCAGCACGAUGAAUUUGGGUUCACGCCUCUGCAUCUAGCGGCCGACAGAGGGAACAAAGAUAUCGUGCGGCUGCUACUAGACAGCGGUGCUGACCACACCGUGAAGGACCAAGACGAUUUCACAGCGCUGGAACUGGCGGAAGUGGCUGGCCACAAUGAGAUUGUUGAUAUUCUAGCCCAAGUGCAGUAG